AUGUCUUUUUUUUUUCUUCCUUUAAUUCUCUGUAUAGAGCUGAAUUUCCUCUAUAAGGCUGUGGGGGGAGCACUGGCAGCGUCCCAGAACAUCAGCUACAUUGAAGAACAGCUGCAGAGCUACUUGGAAAGAGUCAGACGUCUGGAACCUUCUGAGAGAGAGGGACCGAUUUCGGUGUUAGCAUCCUCUGCUGAGGGCCACUUCGACCUGGCCUUGAAGACAGUCCACGACUUUGCUGCUGCUGGGGAGAAUAGGAGACUUCCUAGGGUCUUCACCCUCCAGAAGGAGCACCAGAAGGAGAACGGAGCAAAGACAGCUGCUGCUGUCAUGCUCAUCUACAGUAAAAUAGCACUCCAUGCACCCAAGCAGCAGCUUCUUGCCCGGGUCGAGACGGACAUUGUAGAGAACAUCCUGUGCCAGUACAGAACCAGCCCUCAGGACACAGAACUCAAGCUGGCCCUAAUCCAGAGUGUCACAGAAGUCAGCUGCGCCCUUCAAGGUGUUGGCACCUGUGAGAACUUUAGCUUUGCUUCGAAGAGGGUGCUGCUGGAGAUUGUGCUGGACUUCAUGAAGCAGGAGCCCCUGGAUUGCGUGGCUUCUCCCGUUCGCUAUAGGGCGAUUCUUGCGGUGGAGCACUUGAGGUAG